AUGGUGCGCUUGAAGCACCGCUACCUGCUGGUCGAGUUUCUCUAUCCGUCGCCUGCAGCCUCGCCAGCCAAGCCCGCCACGUCUCUGCCCCAUGUCGUCCAGUUCCACCAGCCAAGCUCCGACAAGCUGACUGCCGGCCUUCUCAUCAAAACCAUCCGCGAUGGCAUAGUGGAGCUGUUUGGGGACUACGGCGCUGGCGUGACGGGGGGAACUUUGCAGGUCAAAUACUUCUCGCCCGCAACAUCCACCGCCAUCAUACGCGUCGCCCGCGACCAUUACCGCCUCGUUUGGGCCGCGCUAUCCUUCAUCACGCGCCUGCCGCAUCCCGUCAAUCAAGAUUGCGUAGCCCACGUCGUUCGCGUAUCGGGCACCAUUCGCAAGGCCGAGGAAGAGGCUAUCCGGCGCGCAAAGCAGGCAAUCUUGCACGCCCAGCGCGCUGCAGGCGACGCCUCGGCCGACGUUCUACAGGAAAAGCGAGCAAGGGGCAUGUCCAAUGCUGUCACGGUCAACGAGGACACGCCGAUGAGGGGUAUCGCGGACGAUGAGGACGGCGAUGACAGCGAUGCAUGA